CGAAAAAUCGGUAAAAAUAAAUAUCGGCGAUAUUUUCGAAAAAUUACCGAAAUUUCCGUCGACCGAUAAUUGGUGACGAAUAUUGUGUCGGAGCCGGCCGAUAAGCGAUAUUUCCCGAAAUUUUUCGACAUUUCAAUCCUUGGACACAGCAAAGUCCUUAUCAUCCCUCUUGGGGAUGGCCGGGGUUCAGCCUUAAAGGCGCCUAGUAGUGAGCCACGCGUAGCCUCGCAGACUUUCUGGAACCGGCCACAGCCCAUAACCAUGGCUGCUACUUUGCUUUCACCUCAUCUUCUCUUAAAUCCUAAACUAUCCAUGCAAACCUCUGCUUCUAAAUUCCCAACACCCAAAUCCCGCUCAACCCCCAAAAUUAGGGCAACCUUCUCCGACCCAUUUGUCCUCCAGAUUGCAGAAAGCCUAGAGGACUCUCUCUCUUCUUCUUCAACCUCUUCUCCACCACCUCUCCAAAAGCUCAGAGACGCCUCCUCACAAACCGUGCUUUCUACUCUGCCUUCUCGCAAAGACGAGCCCUUUCGCUUCACAGACACUUCCCUUAUCAGAUACUCCCAAGUCACCCCUAUUUCACACCCACCAACUUCAAUCGCCAUUUCCACCGACACCCAAUUUCCCAAUCUCUGCAUCGUGGAUGGCCACAUUGUAUAUUCGCUCUCCAAUUUGUCCCAAUUGCCCACUGGCGUUUUCGUAGGUUCCCUGUCGAGCCUCCCUUCUGAAACCAUCACGAAAAGGGUGUCUGAAUUUGUGGCCAAUUUUGAAGGGGACCUGUUUUGGUCCCUCAACGGGUUGGGCUCACCGGACAUGGUUGUUGUGUAUGUUCCGGCUGGGUGUCGCGUGGAAAUGCCCCUUCAUAUUGUGUACUAUUCCGUUGAGGGUGGGGAUAUCGGGUCUAAGAAGUUACCUGUGUCAAAUCCAAGGGUUUUUGUGUUGGUGGAGGAGGGAGGGGAGAUUGGUGUGAUCGAGGAGUAUGUGGGUGGAGGUGAGAACAAGUGUUAUUGGACCAAUGCAGUUACUGAGGUGGUGAUUGGGGAAGGGGCUAAAGUGAAACAUUCUUACAUUCAAAGCCAGUCUUUGAGUGCUGCUCAUAUCAAGUGGACUUCAGUUCAGCAGGGAUCUUCUAGUUCCUAUGAGCUUAUAGAGGUAAGUACUGGUGGAAAAUUGAGCAGGCAUAAUGUCAACAUUCAGCAAGUCGGCCCAGAUACAGUAACAGAGUUGUCAGCUUUUCACUUGUCUGUUGGUGACCAAACACAAGAUCUACAUAGUAGACUAGUCCUGGACCAUCCACGAGGGUACUCCCGGCAACUUCAUAAGUGCAUUGUGGCUCAUUCACUAGGACAAGCUGUAUUUGAUGGGAAUAUAAAAGUCGACAGAUAUGCACAACAGACGGAUGCAGGACAACUAACAAGAAGCCUUCUUCUUGAGCCUCGGGCAACUGUAAAUGUCAAACCCAACCUCCAAAUCAUUGCUGAUGAUGUCAAGUGUUCCCAUGGAGCUGCAAUUAGUGACCUGGAAGAAAACCAACUUUUCUACUUCUUGGCACGUGGUAUUGAUUUAGAGACUGCUAGAAAGGCUCUCAUCUUCUCCUUUGGAGGUGAGGUUAUAGAGCGUUUGCCUUAUUCCUCUAUCCGGAAGAAAGUAGAGACUCAUAUCAAAGCACUGUUGGAACCCACACUUAAAGGUUCCUCAUGAUGAGUAGUAAAUGGUAUAUAUUUUCUAUAUAGUUCUGUUGUUUUAUUUAUCAUCAUUGUUUAACAUAUCAAAGGAUGUUGUCCCCUUCAAAUUCUGGGCAGCUUUCUUAUGGUUGAAACUUAGUGAAAGGAAAUUUUAAUUUUGCCAUUUUGAAACAUGUUUCAUAAUCAUGGCAACAGUUGAUCCAUGUGGCAGAUAUGUGGUUCAUGUCUUUGCAGAAAUUGAAUAAAGAGUAUGACACCGUAUUGGGCUA